AUGUUCACGGGCAUGUCAAAUAUCAGUCUUCCUCAUCUGAGGCUCAUUCUAAUCUCCUAUACAGAGGCCGAACGUCAAUACAUGAGCAAUGAACUUGUCAGCUCCUUAUAUGGACGAGAUUAUACACAGGCUCUCCUCGAUAUAGAGAGAUUUGAGUGCAUGACCAACGAAGAUGUGCAGUUUUCAUUCUUUGAGGGCCCAUUUGGAGUCUCUCGAUUUUCGCAGACCCUCGAGGAAGAAACUAUCAAUCAAAACGAGGAAACACCAGUUGUGCCAGAUGACUGGAUAUUGGAGCUCGAUGGAAUAUUUGACCAAGCAGAUAUGGACUUUGAAUCAAUGGACUGUGUUUUGGGCAUUCCAGAUAGCGAAGGGAAUGGCAGUCCAGACUCCGGGAAUCUCGUCAUGCAAGAUGCAGAGGACAUAGAAACCGUUUUUGAAAUAUCGUCUCCCACCUGCAUUGAAAAACCUUUAACAUUCUUCACUCAUCAUAUCGAAGCAUGGUCGAUUCUUUCACAUUACAAGGACAAGAUCGUUCCUCUGAUCUCACCCCUCGGCUUUGGCCAGGAAGCGCCUUGGUUGAACCUGGUGAUACCUUGUGCUACCAGCACAUUGACUGACCUCACUGCAGAUACAAAUGUCACGUUUGUAAAGCUUUCUUUGUUGAAUGCUUUGCUUAGUACCAGUGCAUUUCAUCUGGGGAACCAUUCCGCUAUUUCCUUCGAGAGUUGGAUUGAAGCUGGAAACACAUAUUUGAAACGAGCUCAGCACUGCUUUCUACGCUGUAUGGAAGAGAUUUGCCUUUCGACAAAGAAGACUAGCAAAUACAAGGAGGUUUUGAUGGCAAUACUAAGUCUCUCAACUGCUUUUAUGAUCAAAGGAGACUCUGAACAACGUCUGUCUUGUCUAGUUCAAGCUGAGAAAUUCAUCUCAAUCAACGGAUUAAAACAACCCACACUAUCACCCAAACGCAGAGCCUUACACCACUGCUAUGCCUACAUGCGAAUCAUGACCGAGACCACCAGCAUAAAUGCCACGCCGAUCACAAACCCAGCAUGGAAAACCGGUCUACCAAACGAACACAAUUUCGAGAUGCCCUACACAGACUUCCGGAUUUACCCCAACAUCGCGUUCACAGACAACAUCAUGAAAAUGGAGAAGGAUCCGGCUGUCGCACAGCGAGAUCUCCAUCUAGCCAUACCCGGGCGCUGGAGGUUGACACUAUUUCCAAAGAUAUGUGGCGUUGCUGAGAGCUUUCUCAUGCUUCUUUCGCAGGUGAUUCGACUCGCGAAUGAGCGGGAUCUUUCCGUGCAUGGGAGCGGGGAGGGGAUUUUGAAUCUACGGGACUUCUGGGCGCGAGCCAAGGCACUGGAAAAAGCCGUUCGGGUUCUUUUGGCCUCUUGUACUAGUCCCAGCCGUGCAGAAUGGGAAGAGGAGAGCCAGAUUGAUUUUGGAAAGCAGCCUCGGGCUCAGGUGAUGUAUACUGCGUUGUUGAUCUUCUUUCACCGUCGGGUUACCGAUUUGGAUCCUUCUUUGCUUCAGCGAGAAGUGGAGUCUGUGCAAUGCUUGCUGGAGCAGGUUCGCGUGGAUGAGGCCAAUUUGCGAGGCGCGAAUAUGGCCACGCUUAUAUGGCCUGCAUUUAUUGCUGCUUGUGAGGCGGUGCAUUCGGAGACACAGACAUUCUUCUCGUUGUGGUUCGAGUCUUGUUCUGCGACAACAGGACUUAUUAGUGCCACUAUUGCUAGGCAGAUUAUUGAAAUUAUUUGGACUGAGCGAGAGAUGAGUGAUUUGGAUGGUGAGAUAGUGAAUUGGCCGGAUGUUUUGAGAGCUAAGAAAAUAAGAAUCCCCCUAAAUGAUGAAUGA